CGCAGUGGCUCAAACCAACCCCAGGAACUACCCAAGUCAAACACAUAACCUGGCCCAGCAGAGAAAGUCAAGAUGGUUUUAGAAACGAUUGCAAAAAUAAUAAAAGUGCAGCUUCCGGCCUAUCUUAAGAAGUUGCCGCUGCCAGAGACAAUCGGAGGAUUUGCGCGAUUAACAGUGUCUGAGUGGCUCCGGUUGCUUCCUCUCCUUGGCAUUCUGGCUCUGCUGGGCUACCUGACCAUCCGUCCAUUCCUGCCUAAGAAAAAGAAGCAGAGAGACAGCCUGAUCAACUUGAAGAUCCAGAAAGAGAACCCUAAAGUGGUCAACGAGAUAGACAUCGAGGACCUGAACAGUGCAAAUGUGUGUUACUGUCGAUGCUGGCGCUCCAAAACUUUUCCUGUUUGUGACAAGUCACACUUAAAGCACAAUGAACUAACCGGGGACAACGUGGGACCUCUCAUCCUUAAAAAGAAGAUACUAUAAUUUACAUCUGACUAGCCUGUACUGUUUUUUUUUUUCUUAUAGUUGUGUUUUUCUUGAAUAAAGCAGUCCAUUGUUUAAGUGUGAAUUGGAAACUUGUAGUUUGGGUAGUUCUCUUUUUUUUCUUCUCUCUUUUUGUGUGUUUUUUUUUUUUUGUUAAAGGCUCAGUUCUUCAUGUUAAAUAAUUGUUUCCAUAUUAUUUUCUAAGUGUUUUGUCUGUACGUUGGGUUUAUAUUUCAUUUCACUGGGACCACUGUGAAGCGAAGCACCUGAGAGGUUAUUGCAAUGACUUUAUGAUAACUUUGAAUGAGAAUAGCUGGAGUUCGAGGGCUGGAGUUUCUUCUUUCCAGUUAAAUAGUUAUUUCGAUGAAAUACCCAGUUUCCUUGUCCAACCAGUUUGAACCAUUUUGUCAUGAAUGCCUUAUUUUAUUGUCUCUAGAACAUUUGCCAAUCUGAGUGUCAAAUAUUUUCAACCGCAUCACUUUCGAGAUGCGAGAUAUUUUCAGAUAGAUAAAGAUGUAUGUAAUGAAUGUAUAAGUAUGUGUGGGAUGCUUGGUAAUCUGUUCUUCUCAUGGACAUGAUUUAUUUUUUUUUAGUUCUGUUGUGUUGAAACAUUUCAAACCACUGCAACCUUAUCUUUUAAAGGGGUCAUAGAAUGAUUCUAUAGGGUAUUUGGUGCUGGUCCUUAAUGUCUCUGAAU